AAUAAACACGGCAGUUCCUGUUUUGAGAAAACCAGAAAUCUUUUUUCUUAAUCCAGUUUGACUGCUGCAACCAGAGCUGGCAGCUGUGAAAAAGCUGGGAACGUGACGCAGGAGUGGGGCAAUAAAAGGUGAAUGAGCAGUUUUAUGUCACAUGAUUGAUGUCUUGUGAUGAAGUGACAGUGCAUGGUUCUAUAUCGCAUCAGAAGACUUUGCACGGUGUGACUUUUCUCUCGUAGCUGCCGUGAAACGCUUUGGAAUGGAGCGACAACCUUUGAUAAGUCAGCCAGGCAGAGAUUAUGGAGUCAAUAAUCCCGGUUAUAUACCAGCAGCUGCGGGGACGCCUGCAAUGUUCGCCCCACCCGCUGCUGAGUCCCAGGGCCCCAGCGCUCCUCCGGCCAGCAUGUUUGACAGCAUGCCUGGAUAUGAAGGAACAGUCGCUGGAGGAGGUGGAUUUCUGCCUCCUCCCAUGCCCACAUUCCCAGCAGUGCAGCCUGAGCCUGCACUGGAUCAACCCCAGUGGAACAUUCCAUCUAUAUCUGAAAACACAGCCCGGGAUGCCUUACUCCUGUUUGUAAAGAGUAAAUGCUGCUACAGUUCUGCACCAGUAAAGGAUGGUGUGAUCACUAACAUGGAGGCAUUCAAUACAUAUAGGUACCGCCUGGAAACUUUCACUGAAUCCAGAUCUACAGAGUGGAGUCAUGAGCCAUACACAGGUCAGACGGUGGAUGCCUAUGCCCAACAACCUCCAGGGCCUUGGGAUAUUCCAGCUAAAACCCCCCAAUUUUUUUUGGAUGACAAACAAUUUAUUAAAGUUCCCUACACAUCAUCUGUGAAGCCCUGCCAUAAUUGUUUGGGAAUCGGCCGGAAACCAUGCAAAGACUGUGCCGGCGCUGGUAACAAAGUUUGCUGGGUGUGUAAUGGAUCUCGUUAUCGUCACGGAAAUGAUACGUGCACCCACUGCAGUGGCAGAGGAAGAGAAAAUUGCAGUUCCUGUCAUGGGCAAGGAUCGAGGCAGUGUGACGUAUGCAAAGGAAAACAACAGCUCCUGGUCUACAUCAAGCUCACUGUGAAAUGGACUAACAACUCUGAUGCCUAUGUUGUGGAACAGUUGAGUGGGCUUCGGGUGGAAAACCUUAGCAAGGUGUCUGGCAAGGAGCUCUUCAGAGACACCCAGUACAUGGUAUACCCACUCUCGGGAUUCCCUGACACUUCGGUGGUGAGUGCUUCUCAGCGCUUUGUCAGUGAGCACCAGGGAAAGUACAUGCAGACAUCACGCAUUCUACAGCAGCGUCAAACCAUAGAGCUGAUCCCUAUCACCAAGGUCACGUACACCUGGAAAGGAAAAUCACACAUUUACUUUGUUUAUGGAAACGAGUUCAAAGUUGAUGCAGACAACUACCCUGCCACCUGUUGCUGUACUGUAAUGUAAACACAAUAAUUGGGCAUAUCAGAUCCUUUUACCUUUAAUAAACCACUAAAAAGGACGUCCUAUUUAUCUGCUUAUCAUUCUAUUUUGUUGAUUUAAAAGGGAGCUGUGUGACAUAUGGGCAAAGAUGACUUCAUCAAAGUUUGAUGUAAUGAAGCAGUUAAAAGAGGCAUUGAAUGUAUAAUUCACAUAUUAGUGGAACUUAAAAGACUUGUUCAUUUUGCAUGUUGCAUGUAAUGUCAAAGGUAAGCAAUAGCGAUUGUUAAUGUUUUUGUUUUACAUGCAAUUUUAAUGUAUUCACUGUGGGGAAAAACAAUACUGACACAGUGUAAACUUUAAUGAUAUGUUAUAUGACUGUUUAUGUUAAGUGAAUCCCUUUUUUGCUAUGUGACAGUAGUGAUUUUUUUCCAUUAUCAAUAAAAUCCAGUUUUUCAUACCGUC